CCUAAUGUUGUAUCAAUCUCUUUUCUUACCUUUAAAAAAAAAAAAAUUUAAUUGCUCAAUGCCCAGUCAUCUAUCCCAAUCAGCGCGCGAAAUUACUAAAUAACCCCUUGGGAGCUAAUAUGGUCAUCUAUCCCAAUAUGGUCGUUGACAAGCUCAGUCUCCUCCCUUCCGCUCAAACUUCGGUUUUUUUUUAUCACUCUCACUAGUAGUAACCACCAACAAUGGCGGCUGCAGCCCUAGAACGCUUUCUCUUUCAUACUCGCCGAAUCCCUCGUUCCCAAAUCUCCUCCCUCUACCUCCACCGCCGCGGCUUCUGCUCGGAAAACACCCCACAACCUCCGCCAAUCCAACCAGUGUCGUAUGCUCCAAAACCCAAACCCGCCGACGAAACCCCACUUGAAAAUGUUUCUCCAUUAUCGCCGUCGGAAGAUACUAUUUCAUCGAGGGAUUUGACGCGAGAAGAUUAUCGGUAUUUGAAGGAUUCGCCGAUGACAAUAACACCGGUUUCAUAUUCGAAGAAGGUGGCACCGCUUCCGGAGGAUCGAGUGGUGACGGAGGAGGAGAGGGCGGAGCUGUGGACGGAGACGAGGAAGAUUGAAGCGAAUAAUCGGGCGGUUCGGCGGGUUUUUAAGGUAGUUGAGGAAGAGAAGGAGGUUCCUUUUCCUACUUUGAUUAAAGUGGAGAAGAAGGAUGGUGAUAGAAAGGUUUUUGAUCUUCUGGAAGCUAUUCACCAAGUCAAGGCUAAAGCUAAGAGAAAUUUUGAUGAAACUCUGGAAGCACAUGUAAAUUUGGGCAUUGAUCGACGCCGAAGUGAUUUGGGUGUUAGUGGUGCUGUAGUUCUGCCUCAUGGCACUGGGAAGAUUGUCAAAGUUGCUGUUUUUGCUGACGGAGCUGAAGCUGAGGAAGCACGAGCCGCAGGAGCUGAUAUUGUUGGAGCAGAUGAACUUAUUGAAGAAAUAAGAACUAGUGGCAAGAUCAACUUUGACAAAUGUAUAGCCACUCAUUCGAUGAUGCAGCGUGUAACAAAAAUAGGCAGAGUUCUCCGUGGCCUAACACCAAAUGCCAAGAAAGGUACUGUGACCAACAAUGUUGCUGCGGCAGUAAGAGAGGCGAAGCAGGGAUUGCUUGAUUUCAGAAUGAAGGAUGCUAUUGUUCAUGUGGGGCUGGGGAAGGUGAGUUUUCCAGAGGAAGCUUUGCAUGAGAAUGUUGGUGCAUUUGUGAAUGCUCUUUUGCUUGCAAAGCCUGUUGGGUUAAAGAAGACUUCAAAGUAUGCUGGCUACGUGAAUUCUUUCCAUCUAUGUAGUACGAUGGGUCCGGGAUUUCCGAUAUCAAUACAGUCGUUAUCCAGAGCUGCAGAUCAGUACGUCAAAUUGCGUCCACAAUGACAAUGCACUAAUCUUUUGAAGCUACCAAGUUGGAUUAUUUGGCCCGAUGUCUAUUUAAUCUAUAGAGGUCUCAGAUGCUGGGGAAACUGGUCUGUACAAGAUGGACUUGUAUCUUUUUACCGAGGAUAAGAGAUUAGAUUCGAUGACAACUAAAUUGGUUUUCGUGUCAUAUGUUUAUAGAGUAGUGAUAGCCUGACUGGUUCCCCCUCCCUACGAAGUUUAAACCGGGUUUACUUGAGUUAUUGACACUGUUUUGGUUUUUGGUUCUGAAGUUUCAUUAUCUAGUUUUUAUCUAGAACUGAUUUAAGAGCAAAGACCUCAUUAUUGACUUGCAGUUAUAUCGACAGGAAUGUAAUAAGUUAAAAUUGUAGUGACAACUCAAAAUAAUAAGUUCUUUGAGAUUUUCCUUUUUUA